AUGGCCGCCGUCAGGGCCGAUCCAAAGGACGAAGCCCGAUAUCCCCAGCGAGAGGAUCGUCUGAGGGAAGAACCCUCAGCGAAGAAUGCACAGGGUUUGUUCCCUCCAGAUGCCUGUAUAUUUGUGGGAAAUCUGUCGACGAAGGUAGAUAACGAUCAACUGGCCGAAGACCUGAAAGAGCUGUUUUCGAGCUUUGGGCCAUGUCAUGUAAAGAUCAAGCUGGACAAGAAGAAGGGCCUCCCCGGGGCCUUUAAACAAAAGGAUGCGGCGGCCGUGCUGAAUAUCGAUGGAAGCCUGAUUCUGCAUGAUCGGUGGCUGCGAAUCGAAAGGGCGAAAGGUCAAAUCCCUUCUUUAUUCUGCCACGCUGACUGGAAGGAAGGAACUGCCAUUCUAGGUCUUCACUCUUUUGACCCCAUUACUCUUCCCCUGAUCCACGAGGCUCUCGACAAGCGCGGUACCCUUGAGUGCUACUCCAUCAUUCCAUGGCCCAUCGGGCUUAAUCAAUACGUGCACGUCUGCAGAGUUACGUUUGCCUACGUUGAUGACUGCCGCGACGCAAUCAAGCAUUUCCAAAAAGACACCAAGUUUUAUCUAAAAUUACUCGACAUGGACAACGGCAGCAGUACUCCUCGAUUCUCCAACCAGGGCCGUUACACUCGUAACAGACCCCAUGCGCUAUCCUUCUCGCCCAGCAAUGGUGGCACCCACCCUUCUCGACUCAGUAACUGGCGAGGACGCGGAGGAUCCCCUGCUCGCGGAGGCUUCGCUGGGCGUGGUGCGCCUCCUGGACGCGGGGGCUUCUCCAAUUACAGAAAUAUCAACCGCGGGUACAACAGACAUCAGCCUGAUCACCAAGCUCGGCGAUCUUUCAGCAAUGGUAGCGGGUCUUCGUUCGGGCAUGCUGAGCCCUUGGUCCAUUCUUCUAUGAGCCAUGCUCCGUAUCACGACAUCAACCCUCAGUUCCUGCCUCAGCCUCAUCCAAUGCCCUUCGUCCAACUCAAUGGACCAGCUGGAUUCCUACAUCCUCAUCCUCAAGGCCUUCCUCCGCCUCCGUUCCCACCAACCUUCAACCACUGUCCCCUCAUCGUCAACGGUCACCCGCCAUACAGUGCUCCCAUUCCUCCCAUUCCUCCAUUCUAUGGAGAGAACUUUGCGCCGGACAAUCGGUUUGUCAAUCAUCCAGGCGGGUAUUUUGAUCCAGGAUUUGCUCCUGGCUUCAAUGGUCCAUACCAGGAGCCGUAUAUACUACCUCCGCCUCCACCGAUGGGUCGACAUCACCCGCGACACUACCAUCAGCCCAAGCCAGCCUCGACCGCAUCCAAGACGCCUGAGUCCAGUAAGUCCACCAGAGAGCCAGACAAGGAAGUGACUAUCGAGGAUCUACUUGAACGAAGGACUCCGGAGAAGAGGCCUGAGCUCAUCCGAAUCCAUGACAGUGAGUCUGAUGACGCAUCUGUCCUUCAGAUCGAUAGCGACUCCACAGCCGAGGGCGAGACAGAACGCGCAGACGACAAAGGAAUCAUCACGCCAAAGUGUGAUUUGGAAAAUUUUACAGCCCAGAUCUCACAAUUAGAAGUUUCGAAGAAGACACCCCAGGUCGUUGAAGCCGACAUUGAUAAUAAAACGGAGACAAACUCACCCGUAUUAGCAUCGACGCCUUUCACCGAUCCAGGCUCGCCGAAGAAGGAACGCAAAGAUGAUUUCAAGAUCACUGAGAAGCAUGAAAGAAAAGUGGACGAUCAGUCGGCAGCUGAUGAAUCUUGCUCCGAGCAGGAAACACAGGAGAUCCGCACCGUCGUUCCAUCACCGCAACUCUCUGCACAUAUUUCUCAUUGUUCUGCAGUCGCGUCCAAGGGGAGCUCGAACUUGAACUUGCCGCCACCCAAAUGUCCCGGCGCGCUCACCGAUUCUCCCCUUGAGAAGUUCAGAUAUUAUGCACAAGAGGCGGCUGUCGAAAGAGGCUGGGAUGAUAAUCAGGCGAUGAUUGAGGAAGUGGCCUUGUCCUUGUUCGCAGAACAGGAGAUGAGGAAAGCGAAGGAGCUGCAACAGUGUGCGACCGCGGCUCAGGAUGAAGACCAAGUCAAAGACUCUGGAAAAGAAGAAGCGGAGUUGAAGCCCAGUGGUUCGCGAAGCGGAUCCCUGGCGCGCUCUUAUUCGUCUAAGACUACGUGA